GAGCUUCCAUAAAGGGACAAGAGGAGCCCCAGAGGCCACAGUGCUGCCAUCACAGGGCUCGGAGCACCGGGCACCUAGACACCAUGACUUGGUCCUUGAGUUGCCAGGGCCUAAUUCUCUGCUUCUAUACUCUUUUACUGCUCCCUUCGACAUGCCUGGCAUACACUGCUACCAGAGACAACUGCUGCAUCUUAGAUGAAAGAUUUGGUAGUUAUUGCCCGACUACCUGUGGAAUUGCAGACUUCCUGUCUACUUACCAGACCGGAGUAGACAAUGAUCUGCAGGCUUUGGAAGACCUCCUAAGACGAAUUGAAAACAAAACAGCAGAAGCCAAAGAAGUGAUCAAAUCAAUCCAAAUCACCUAUAAUCCCGAUGAGCCACCAAAGCCAAACAGGGUCGUGGGUGCUACCAAGGACUCCAAGAAAAUGAUGGAAGAAAUUAUAAAAUACGAGGCAUUGGUUGGAUCGCACGAGUCGAAUAUUCGAUUUUUGCUGGAAAUAUAUAAUUCAAACAGCCAAAAGAUCAAUAACCUGAAACAGAAGGUAGCCCAGCUUGAAGCAAAGUGUCAGGAACCUUGCAAAGACACAGUACACAUACAUGAUACAACUGGGAAAGAUUGUCAAGACAUUGCCAAUAAGGGAGCCAAGGAGAGUGGGCUUUACUUUAUCAAACCACUGAAAGCGAAGCAGCAGUUCUUAGUCUACUGUGAAAUUGAUGGGUCUGGAAAUGGAUGGACUGUGCUGCAGAAGAGGCUUGAUGGCAGUUUGGAUUUCAAGAAAAAUUGGAUUCAGUAUAAGGAAGGAUUUGGACAUCUGUCUCCCACUGGAACCACAGAAUUUUGGUUGGGAAAUGAGAAGAUUCAUUUGAUAAGCACACAGUCGGCCAUACCAUACGCAUUAAGAAUACAGCUGGAGGACUGGAACGGCAGAACCAGUACUGCAGACUAUGCCAUGUUCAAGGUGGGACCUGAAGCUGACAAAUACCGCAUGACGUAUGCCUACUAUAUUGGUGGAGAUGCCGGAGAUGCCUUUGAUGGCUAUGAUUUUGGCGAUGACCCUAGUGAUAAAUUCUUCACAUCCCACAAUGGCAUGCAGUUCAGUACUUGGGACAAUGACAAUGAUAAGUAUGAAGGAAACUGUGCUGAACAGGAUGGAUCUGGUUGGUGGAUGAACAAGUGUCAUGCUGGCCACCUCAAUGGAGUUUAUUACCAAGGUGGCGUUUACUCAAAAACAUCUACUCCUAAUGGUUAUGAUAAUGGCAUUAUUUGGGCCACUUGGCAAUCCCGGUGGUAUUCCAUGAAGAAAACUACCAUGAAGAUAAUCCCAUUCAACAGAUUAACCAUUGGAGAAGGACAGCAGCACCACCUUGGGGGAGCCAAACAGGUUGGACCAGAACACCAUGUUGAAAUACACUAUGAUUAAAUCAUUUUACCCUGAGAAUUAACUUAAUUUUUGGUAGUCCACGAAGUUUCAGAAACAUUUCUGAAAGUCUCUUACUGUAUUUAUUAAUUUUAAAUACUUUAUUAUGAGUAUUUAGCCUUACAUGGAAACUAAAACUCACUUUGGAUUAUAUUCUCAAAUCACUGAACUUGGAGUUCUUUAAAAUUUGUUUAUUUAAGGAGAUAACAUUUUAGCGUAUCACUUAAAUAUAUAAUAAUAAAAUUAUUGACAUAUUUUGUUAUUUUAAUGACAUCAUUUUUGUCUUAGUGAUUCAUUUGUUUUUAUUACUUCUUAAAUAUUUUGGUUUAUACUAAUAAAAUCAGAAUAAAUUCUAACAUUUCAAAUGCCUAA